AUGAAUGAUGACAGGAAAACCUUGCUAUACGCCACCACAAACGUAUCAAGAGCUCCUAAUUUUUCUCAAGCACGUUAUAUGAGAAAAGACUCCACGUCGCUGUCAAUACAACGAACUGUACGCAAUGCAUCUACAUUGUUGCAAAGGUCGUCUUUGCCUUUACUGUUGGUUCUUCUUGGGAACGAUGUGCAUUUGAAUCCUGGUCCAUUCCAUCCCAGAACUAGUGAAGCCUCUCCAUUUGGAUUAAAAUUUCUCUAUCUAAAUGCGAGAAGUUUAAAGACCUUUGCUCCACAUAACAACACUGACGUUUUCUCAUCUAAAGUUUGUAAGAUCACUUUAUUGCAGCAGCUUGUUCAUGGCGCUUUUUAUGAUGUUGUUUGUAUAUGUGAAACGUGGCUUAAUGAAUCAAUUUUAAGCAGUGAAUUAUUACAGGGACAUUCUAUUUUUUGUCGCGACAGAAUUGGGAAGGUUGGUGGAGGUGUUGUUAUAGCUGUAAAAAAUGGUAUACAAGCAACUUGUCGACUGGAUCUCGAGCCUGGAAGUAGUGAACUUGUUGCAACUGAAUUAAUUGCGUCAAAUAAAAAAAAAUGUCAAUUCACGUUUUACUGACCUCCUAACUCCACACCUGAUGUUCUACAAGAACUGAAUACCUCCCUGCAAAAUACAACUGAGUCUAGCUGUGUAGUUGUCAUGGGUGAUUUUAACCUUCCAUCUAUCGACUGGUCAACUGAUCAAACUUCUCCUGUAACUACUGGAGCAAAUGUGGACAAUGAUGCUUUUUGUGAUCUAGUUGGCGACAAUUUCCUCCAUCAAUUUAUAAUGGGCCCUACGCAUAUUGCUGGUAAUAAACUUGACCCGCUGUUAUGCAACUAUCCUGAAACUAUCGGAAAUGUCUCUACACUCAAACCUCAAUCGUGUAAUUUUCCAACAGAUCACUACGUUAUAGAAUUUCGGGUCAAACUAAAGUUUACGCGAGCCAAGCCAGUUAGGCGACGAGUAUAUGAUUACAAACGUGGAAACUUCGGGGAUCUGAGGAAUUUUCUAACAUGUGUACCUUUCGAUAUUACCACAUCAGACAACAUUGAUCAGUACUGGUUACAGUGGAAAGAUAUAUUUUUAAUUGCAGUUGAAAGUUACAUCCCAGUAAAAACUAUGAGUGAUACUCUCCACCUUGGAUUGGCGGGGAGGUUCGCCAUUUAAUCCGAAAGAAAUACACAGUGCUGAAGAAAUAUCGUUUGGUCAAGUCGAUGCUCGAAAGUUGAAACUAUGUACUUUAAAUUAAAAAAAUCAAGUAUGCUAUCAGAUGAAAACACAGCAAGUAUUUAGCCAAAAUUGAAGCCUCCUUUAAAGAUAACCCUAAAUUAUUCUGGAGUUAUCACAAAGCUAUCCUUCAUCACCGAGAGAACCAGAGUCCUAAGAUUACAUACAAUGGUAUUACAGCCAACACAGCAGCUGCAAAAGCAGAACUUUUUAACACUUAUUUUUCCUCGGUAUUUCUGCCGCCAAAAUCUAAUGUUAGUCCUGAUGUAGAUGAUAACUCAUCUCCUCUAAGCACCAUCAUGCAAUUUUCGGACAUUACACUCGGUGUUGAAGAAGUCGAGGCUUGUCUUCACGAUCUUGAUAUGUCAAAAGCAUGUGGUCCAGACGGCAUUCCAUCAUGCCUAUUGAAAGAAUGCAGUCGGGAAAUGGCACCCAGCGUCUGUGCACUGUUCAACCAAUCUUUAAAUAUUGGUCGAAUUCCUUCUGAGUGGAAAUCAGCUAACAUGACGCCCAUCCACAAAAAGGAUUUAAGGGAACUUGCAGAAAACUAUAGACCGAUUUCGUUGUUGCCAAUUCUCGGAAAG